CCCGGAUGUGCCGAGCGGCUGCGGCGCCGCCUCAAGCCUCCCGCCUUCCGACGCGGCCGGUGCGCGGCCCGAGCCCAGGAAAGUCAUGUCAGUGACGCACACAGAUCAUAGUCCUUGAGUCUGGCUUCCUUUGCGUGGCAUCUUGCACCUGAGAUUCGUCUGUGUGGGAUACAACUCUAUUAUUUUUAAGUUUAGGAAAUUGAAUUCCCUUCAGAGACUUAGAGAACAUUACAUUGGAUAAAAAGGGAGGUGAUAAUGCACCAUGGCAGCAGCUCUCAGAACGUCCAGCAUCAGCUGCAGAGGCCCAGGUCCUUCGCCGGCAGCGAAGGAGAGGAACAGCAGGCCCACCCAGCCCUGCCCCAGUCCCCUGCCACACCCUUCGCUCCCUCAGUGAGCCCAUCUGCACCCCAGUCCCCCGGUUACCAGAUACAGCAGCUGAUGAGCCGGAGUCCUGUGGCUGGACAGAAUGUGAACAUCACCCUGCAGAACGUUGGCUCUGUCGUGGGAGGAAACCAGCAGAUCACGCUGGCCCCUCUGCCACUCCCCAGCCCCACCUCUCCAGGUUUCCAGUUCAGUGCUCAGCCGAGGCGGUUUGAGCAUGGGUCUCCAUCAUACAUCCAGGUUACUUCGCCCCUGUCCCAACAAGUCCAGACUCAAAGCCCCACGCAGCCCAGCCCUGGGCCAGGGCAGGCCCUGCAGAGUGUGCGUGCUGGCACCCCCGGGCCUGGGCUGGGCAUCUGUAGUGGCAGCCCCACCGGAGGGUUUGUGGAUGCCAGUGUGCUCGUCCGACAGAUCAGCUUGUUUCAGGAGAGCUCAGGACUCACUCAGAUUGCUCAGGGAGCCCAGGUUCAGCUCCAGCAUGCGGGGACUCCCAUCACAGUCCGAGAACGCAGACUAUCACAACCUCACACGCAGCCUGGAGGCACCAUCCACCAUCUGGGACCCCAGAGCCCUGCAGCCACGGGCGGGGCCAGCCUGCAGCCUCUGGCCAGCCCGAGCCACAUCGCCACAGCGAGUUUGCCCCCCCAGAUCAGCAGCAUCAUCCAGGGCCAGCUGAUCCAGCAGCAGCAGGUGCUGCAGGGGCCGCCACUGACCAGGCCCCUGGGGUUCGAGAGGACUUCGGGUGUGUUACUCCCUGGGGUUGGGGGUUCUUCGGCAUUUGGGAUGACAUCCCCACCCCCACCCACCAGCCCUUCCAGGACGCCCAUGCCCCUAGGCCUUUCCAGCCUUCCCCUCCCAUCUGCGGGGUGUGCAGGAGUGAAGAAGGCUCCCAGGAAGUUGGAGACGAUCCCCCCAGCUUCCCAGGAGACGGCGCAGAUGAGAAAGCAGUGCUUGGACUAUCACUACAAGGAGAUGGAGGCACUGAGGGAGGUCUUCAAGGAGUACCUGAUUGAGCUGUUCUUCUUGCAGCACCUUCAGGGGAAUAUGAUGGACUUCUUAGCUUUCAAGAAGAAACAUUAUGCCCCAUUGCAAGCAUAUCUUAGGCAGAAUGAUUUGGAUCUUGAGGAAGAAGAGGAGGAGGAGGAGGAAGAGGAGGAAGAAAAAUCUGAGGUUAUCAAUGAUGAGGUAAAGGUUGUGACAGGAAAGGAUGGGCAGACUGGUACUCCUGUUGCUAUAGCAACCCAGCUUCCUCCAAGUGUUUCUGCUGCUUUUCCAUCCCAGCAGCAGCCACUUCAGCAGCAAGCCCUUGCAGGAAGCCUGGUGGCAGGGGCAGGAAGUACGAUUGAGGCAGACCCAUUUAAGAGGCAGCAGGCAGUACCAACUACAGAGCAGUCUAAGAGACCUCGACUUGAAGUGGGUCAUCAAGGGGUAGUUUUCCAGCCUCCAGGGGUGAAUACAGGAGUUCCUCUUCAGCAGUUAAUGCCGACGGCACAAGGAGGAAUGCCCCCCACCCCUCAGGCUGCGCAGCUCCCUGGACAGAAGCAGACUCAGCAGCAGUACGACCCCUCCAUGGGGCCCCCCGUGCAGAAUGCCGCCAGCCUGCACACCCCACCACCGCAGCUGCCUGGGAGGCUGCCCCCAGCCAGUGUCCCUGCUGCAGCCCUCCCCUCCACGCUGCAGUUUGCUCAGCAGCCGCAGGUGGUAGAAGCUCAGACACAGCUCCAGAUCCUGGGGAAGACUCAGCAGCCAAAUGUCCCCACCCCCACCCCCCAACCGAGCCAGCUCCCCGUUCCUCCUCCACAGCCUGCACAGUCAGCCCUCCACACCCCGAUGUCCGGAAAGGCACAGGUGCAGGCCUCUCAGCUUUCGUCCCAGCCGCAGGCGGUGGCAUCCACAAGGCCAUCCGUGGACACUUCCCAGUCCUGUCCGCGGUCUCUGCCUACUUCCUCUUCUACCUCGUCCCUUGCACCUGUGAGUGGCUCAGGCCCGGGACCCUUGCCUGCACGGUCCUCACCAGUAAGCAGACCCUCCUCAGCAGCCCACAAGGCACUGUCUCCAGUCACUUCCCGGUCUCCAGGGGUGGUGGUAUCGGCUCCCCUCAAGCCACAGAGCCCUGCUCAGAAUGCCACUGCAUCCCAAGACAGUUCUCAGGAUAAGCUGGCAGAACAGAUAACACUGGAAAACCAGAUCCAUCAGCGAAUAGCAGAUUUAAGGAAAGAAGGUUUGUGGUCCCUAAGGCGGCUGCCGAAGCUGCAGGAGGCACCGCGCCCCAAAUCUCACUGGGACUAUCUGCUGGAGGAGAUGCAGUGGAUGGCCACAGACUUCGCCCAGGAGAGGAGGUGGAAGUUGGCUGCUGCCAAGAAGCUCGUCAGAACUGUGGCACGCCACCAUGAAGAAAAGAAGCUCCGUGAAGAACGAGGAAGAAGGGAGGAACAGAACAGAUUGAGACGUAUAGCUGCCUCUACAGCCCGAGAAAUAGAGUAUUUUUGGUCAAAUAUUGAACAGGUUGUGGAAAUAAAACUACAAGUAGAAUUGGAAGAAAAAAGAAAAAAGGCCUUAAAUUUACAGAAGGUGUCCAGGAAAGGAAAAGAGUGGAGACCUAAGGGAUUUGAUGUGUUGCCAGAAAACCUUCUGGAUUUAGGAAUACCUGGAAGAAAGAGAAAAGCUAGCACAUCUUUAACUGAUGAUGAAGUGGAAGAUGAAGAGGAGACCAUUGAAGAGGAAGAAGCUCAUGAGGGGGCUGUGGACCACCAGAUGGAGCUUUCUAACUUAGCCAAAGAAGCUGAACUGCCCUUAAUUGACUUGAUGAAGUUGUAUGAAGGUGCCUUUCUGCCAGGUUUCCAGUGGCCCCAACCUAACCCUGAUAGUCAAGAGACAAGUGAAGAAGAAGAUGCAGAAGACAGUCCAAGUGACAGGGAGAGUCGGAAGGACUUGGUUCUCAUAGACUCGCUAUUUAUUAUGGAUCAGUUUAAAGCUGCUGAGAGAAUGAAUAUUGGGAAACCGAACACUAAGGACAUCGCAGAGGUGACCGCCGUGGCCGAAGCCAUUCUACCCAAGGGCAGUGCUCGGGUCACGACAACGGUGAAGUUUAAUGCUCCGUCUCUAUUGUAUGGGGCUCUGAGAGAGUAUCAGAAGAUUGGCCUGGACUGGCUGGCCAAACUCUACCGGAAGAAUCUCAAUGGCAUAUUGGCAGAUGAAGCUGGGCUCGGUAAAACAGUGCAGAUCAUUGCCUUUUUUGCCCACCUGGCUUGUAAUGAAGGUAAUUGGGGCCCCCAUCUUGUUGUUGUGAGAAGUUGUAACAUACUCAAGUGGGAACUUGAAUUGAAACGUUGGUGUCCUGGGCUCAAAACCCUCUCGUAUGUUGGCAGCCACAGAGAACUCAAAGCAAAGAGACAGGAAUGGGCUGAGCCCAACAGCUGCCACAUCUGCAUCACGUCCUACAAGCAGUUCUUCCGGGGCUAUGCCUCCUUCUCUCGGGUGCGCUGGAAAUGCCUGGUCAUUGAUGAGAUGCAGCGUGUAAAGGGCCUGACCGAGCGGCACUGGGAGGCAGUUUUCACCCUGCAGAGCCAGCAGCGUCUGCUUCUGAUCGAUGCGCCACUGCACAACACCUUCCUGGAGCUCUGGACCAUGGUGCAUUUUCUCAUUCCGGGGAUUUCCAGGCCCUACCUGAGCUUCCCGCUGAAAGCCCCCAGUGAUGAAAACCAGGACUACUAUCAUAAAGUGGUCAUAAGAUUGCAUAGGGUGACACAGCCAUUUAUUUUGAGGAGAACUAAACGAGAUGUGGAAAAGCAGCUGACAAAGAAAUAUGAGCAUGUUUUGAAGUGUCGCCUUUCUAAUCGACAGAAAGCUUUAUAUGAGGAUGUUAUUCUGCAACCUGGAACUCAGGAAGCUCUGAAGAGUGGGCACUUCAUCAACGUCCUGAGCAUCCUGAUGCGGCUGCAGCGUAUCUGCAACCACCCUGGGCUGGUAGAGCCACGGAUCCCGGAUUCCUCUUAUGUGGCAGGGUCUCUUGUGUAUAGGUCUGCAUCUCUGAUUCUAAAAGCACUGGAGAGAGAUUUUUGGAAGGAAACCGAUCUUUCUAUAUUUGAUCUCAUUGGGUUAGAAAAUAAAAUCACUCGCCAUGAGGCAGAAUUGCUGUCUAAGAAGAAGGUAACGAGGAAACUCAUGGAGGAGCUGCUCACCUUGCCACCCCCACCAGCCCGGCCGGUGGCCGUGAAGCUGAAGGCCAGCAGGUUGUUCCAGCCUGUGCAAUAUGGCCAGAAGCCUGAGGGUCGCACCGUGGUUUUCCCCAGCACACACCCGCCCCGGACAGCGGCCUCCACCACAGCCACUGCUGCUCCACAGGGCCAAGUGCGAGGACGGCCACCAAUUGCUACAUUCUCUGCAAACCCAGAUGCAAAAGCGGCAGCAGCCCCGUUUCAGACCUCUCAGGCUUCCACCAGUGCUCCACGACACCAGCCUGCCUCGACCUUCAGCACCGCAGCUAGCCCAGCCCAUCCUGCGAAGCUGCGGGCUCAGACCACUGUGCAGGCCUCCAUCCCAGGCCAGCCCCCGCCCCAGCCCCAGGCCCCCUCGCACGCGGCCGGGCAGAGCGCGCUGCCUCAGAGGCUGGUGCUCACCUCGCAGGCCCAGGCCCGCUUGCCCAGUGGAGAGGUAGUAAAAAUUGCUCAGUUAGCGUCCAUUGCGGGACCACAGAGUCGAGUUGCUCAGCCCGAGGCACCUGUGACACUGCAGUUCCAGGGGAACAAGUUCACCUUGUCACACAGCCAGCUCCGGCAGCUCACGGCGGGCCAGCCCCUGCAGCUGCAAGGCAGCGUUCUCCAGAUUGUGUCUGCCCCUGGGCAGCCCUACCUGCGAACCCCCGGCCCCAUGGUGAUGCAGACUGUGUCUCAGGCGGGAGCUGUGCAUGGCACCCUGGGAAGCAAGCCCCCAACUGGCGGCCCCAGCCCGGCACCCUUGACCCCACAAGUAGGUGUUCCUGGUCGGGUAGUGGUCAAUGCCAUGGCUGCAGGAGAACCUGGAGUGGGCUCCAAACCGGCCUCUCCCACUGCAGGGCCAACCCAGGAGGAAAAGACCAGACUUUUGAAAGAGCGGCUGGAUCAGAUUUAUUUCAUCAAUGAACGGCGCUGUUCCCAAGCUCCAGUCUAUGGCAGAGAUUUGUUAGGGAUUUGUUCCCUGCCCGGCAGAGAAAGGACACCAUGCUUCAGGUCUUUUGGCAGCAGCCUCAGGCAGGGGGCUGGCUCAGUGAGCUGUUACACUUCACCCUCAGAAAGCAAGAGUGAUCUGAUUCUGACUGUGAGUCAGCGUCACGCAUCUCUCCAGGACAUUAUGGACAGGGUGGCCUGUGUGAUUCCUUCUGUGGUGGCAGCACCUCCGUUACUGUGGGUGGCAAGGCCACCCUCCCUGUACAGUCAGAGGAUGAGGGUGUUCAGGCAGUGCCUGAGGGAGCACACUGCUCCCUACUGCCAGCAGCUGCGACAGCUGACUGCUCUGCGUUCUCUGCAGUUCCCGGAGCUCAGGCUGGUGCAGUUCGAUUCAGGAAAGUUAGAAGCUUUAGCUAUCUUACUGCAGAAGCUGAAAUCUGAAGGACGUCGGGUGCUGAUCUUAUCACAGAUGGUUCUUAUGUUAGACAUUUUAGAAGUGUUCUUGAACUUCCAUUAUCUCACCUAUGUAAGGAUUGAUGAAAAUGCCAACAGUGAACAGCGGCAGGAGCUGAUGAGGAGUUUCAACAGAGACAGGCGGAUUUUUUGUGCCAUUCUCUCUACUCAUAGCCGCGCCACAGGUAUCAAUCUCGUGGAGGCAGACACUGUCGUGUUCUAUGACAAUGAUCUGAAUCCGGUGAUGGAUGCCAAGGCCCAGGAGUGGUGUGACCGAAUCGGGAGAUGCAAGGACAUCCAUGUGUACAGGUUGGUGAGUGGCAAUUCUAUCGAAGAGAAAUUGUUGAAAAAUGGAACUAAAGAUUUGAUCCGAGAAGUAGCCGCUCAGGGAAAUGACUACUCCAUGGCGUUCUUAACUCAGCGAACUAUCCAGGAGCUGUUUGAGGUUUAUUCUCCCAUGGAUGAUGCUGGUUUCCCAGUAAAAGCUGAGGAGUUCGUAGUUCUUUCUCAGGAACCUUCUGUCAUGGAAACCAUUGCACCCAAAAUUGCAAGACCUUUCAUAGAGGCUCUCAAGAGUAUUGAAUAUCUGGAGGACGAUACGCAGAAAUCCACAGAAGAAGCGGUGCCCAGCUCAAACACUGGUGUUUUGUCAUCAGACUUAGACAAUUCAAGGUGUAAUGAAGAACCAUCACAGUUGGAAGAGCUAGCUGACUUUAUGGAACAGCUUACACCAAUUGAAAAAUAUGCUUUGAAUUACCUGGAAUUAUUCCAUACUUCCAUUGAACAAGAAAAAGAGAGAAAUAGUGAGGAUGUAGUGAUGACUUCCUUGAGAGAGUGGGAAUUCCGGAACAUGAAGGCCCUGCAGGAACAGGAGGCCUGGCUGCGGCUAGAACAGGAUGAGGCAGAGCUUCUCACCUACACGAGAGAGGACGCUUACAGCAUGGAAUAUGUCUACGAAGAUGCUGAUGGUCAGACCGAAGUUAUGCCGCUCUGGACCCCGCCCACGCCCCCGCAGGAUGACAAUGACAUCUACAUAGACUCAGUUAUGUGUCUCCUGUAUGAGCCUAUGCCCAUCCCUGAGGCGAAGUUGCCUCCUGUGUAUGUAAGGAAGGAGCGCCGGCGGCACAAAACAGAUCCCUCAGUUGCAGGGAGGAAGAAGAAGCAGCGUCAUGGGGAGGCAGUCAUCCCACCUCGGUCCCUGUUUGACCGGGCGACACCCGGCCUGCUGAAGAUGCGCCGUGAGGGCAAGGAGCAGAAAAAGAACCUCCUGCUGAAGCAGCAGGCGCAGUUCGCCAAGCCUCUGCCGACGUUUGCCAAGCCAGCAGCGGAGUCCGGGCAAGACCACCCUGAAUGGCUCAUCAGCGAGGACUGGGCCUUGCUGCAGGCCGUAAAGCAGUUACUUGAGCUGCCUUUGAACCUCACCAUUGUGUCACCUGCUCACACGCCGAAUUGGGAUCUUGUCAGUGAUGUCGUUAACUCCUGCAGCCGAAUCUACCGCUCUUCCAAACAAUGCCGGAAUCGCUACGAGAACGUCAUCAUUCCCAGAGAGGAAGGGAAGAGUAAAAACAACCGUCCUCUCCGUACGAGCCAGAUCUAUGCCCAGGAUGAGAAUGCCACACACACCCAGUUGUACACAAACCACUUUGACUUGAUGAAAAUGACUGCCGGCAAAAGAAGCCCCCCGAUCAAACCUCUGCUUGGCAUGAAUCCUUUUCAGAAAAACCCCAAGCAUGCCUCUGUGUUGGCAGAAAGUGGAAUCAACUAUGACAAGCCCCUGCCUCCCAUCCAGGUUGCAUCUCUUCGUGCAGAGAGAAUCGCAAAGGAGAAGAAGGCUUUGGCUGAUCAACAGAAGGCCCAGCAGCCCUCCGUGUCACAGCCGCCUCCGCAGCAGCAGCAGCAGCAGCAGCCACCACCCCCACCACCCCCGCAACAGCCACCGCCACUGCCACAGCCACAGCCACAGGCCCCAGGCAGCCAACCGCCAGCGGGGCCACCAGCUGUCCCGCCCCAGUCUCAGCCUGCGCCCCCGCCACAGCCGCAGCCUGUGCAGGCCCCACCAAAGGGACAACCCGCAAUAACGACCGUGGGCAGUGCCGCAGUUCUGGCGGGGACCAUUAAAACACCAGUUACUGGGACAAGCAUACCAACUGGCACCGUGAGUGGAAAUGUGAUUGUGAACACCAUUGCGGGUGUCCCGGCCGCUACUUUCCAGUCCAUUAACAAGCGUCUUGCUUCGCCAGUGGCUCCUGCAGCCUUGACUACGUCUGGAGGCUCUACUCCUGCCCAGGUGGUUCACACCCAGCCACGAGCGGCCGGCUCCCCAGCCACUGCGACCACUGACCUGGUGUCCAUGCCAACGACUCAGGGUGUUCGAGCGGUCACUUCUGUGACAGCCUCCGCCGUGGUCACCACCAACCUGACCCCAGUGCAGACCCCGGCACGGUCUUUGGUGACCCAAGUGUCACAAGCCACAGGGGUUCAGCUUCCUGGAAAAACCAUCACACCUGCCCAUUUCCAGCUUCUCAGGCAGCAGCAGCAGCAGCAACAGCAGCAGCAGCAGCAGCAGCAGCAGCAGCAAACCUCUCAGGUACAAGUUCCACAGAUCCAGGGCCAGGCCCAGUCCCCUGCGCAGAUCAAAGCUGUGGGCAAGUUGACACCGGAACACCUCAUCAAAAUGCAGAAGCAGAAACUGCAGCUGCCCCCUCAGCCUCCACCGCCGCAGGCCCAGCCAGGGCCCCCACAGCAGACGGCACAAGUGCAGGUGCAGCCCCCGCAGCCCCCGCAGCAGCAGAGCCCCCAGCUCACCACCGUCACAGCCCCACGGCCCGGAGCCCUGCUCACGGGCACCACCGUGGCCAACCUCCAGGUGGCCCGGCUUACCCGGGUUCCCACUUCUCAGCUGCAGGCGCAAGGGCAGAUGCAAACCCAGACACCCCAGCCGGCUCAGGUGGCCUUGGCGAAGCCUCCGGUGGUUUCCGUCCCGGCGGCAGUGGUCUCUUCGCCGGGGGUCACAACCCUGCCCAUGAACGUCGCGGGGAUCAGCGUGGCCAUUGGGCAGCCACAGAAAGCAGCAGGACAGACUGUCGUGGCCCAGCCUGUGCAUGUGCAGCAGCUGCUGAAGCUCAAGCAGCAAGCUGUCCAGCAGCAGAAAGCCAUCCAGCCCCAGGUUGCCCAGGGCCAGGCAGCUGUCCAGCAGAAGAUAACUGCACAGCAGAUUGCUGCUCAAGGCCCACAGCAGAAGGUCACUUAUGCUGCCCAGCCAGCCCUGAAGACCCAGUUCCUUACCACACCCAUCUCCCAGGCCCAGAAACUGGCUGGGACCCAGCAGGUGCAGACCCAGAUCCAGGUUGCAAAACUCCCUCAAGUUGUUCAGCAGCAAACACCUGUGGCCAGUAUCCAGCAGGUCGCCUCUGCUUCUCAACAGGCUUCUCCACAGACUGUGACACUCACGCAGGCUACAGCGGCAGGGCCGCAGGUGCAGAUGAUUCCCGCAGUGACUGCUACAGCCCAGGUGGUCCAGCAGAAACUCAUACAGCAGCAGGUGGUGACUGCGGCGCCGGCCCCACUUCAGACCCCAGGCACUUCACAUCCACCGCAGGCGCCAGCCAGCUCUGACAGCCCCAGCCAGCAGCCCAAGUUACAGAUGAGGGUCCCUGCUGUCAGGCUAAAGACACCCACCAAGCCUCCAUGCCAGUAAUCAGGAAAGCAGAGGCUGUCUCAUGGCGAAGGCACAGACUACCUUUCUCACAGAAAACACUUCAUUUAAUUUUGAACCUUGGGACAAUGUCAUGUAAGAUAUUCAGCACUCGGAAAUGCUGUAAUUGAAACAAUGUAGUGUUAUCAUUUUAUUAAAAUGCAUUCUACACUGCAGGAAAAGUGAUUCUUACUGAAUGCCCCCUUUUCUGUAUUAUGUGACUAAUUGAAAAGUAUCAGUGACAGUCUUUUCUAAAUCAUUUUUACCUUUUGGUUUUUCCUCCAGAGCGAUAGUGCUGGAUUUUGAAAGCCAUUUAGAAUUUCUCUGUUAGUGUAUAGUAUUUCGUACAUCCAAAAGCCAUUUGGAAUGUGCAGUGAGUCAUAAAAUAGAAUUUCUAAAGCUCAAAUAUGUCUUCGGUGGUGUCUGCCGUAGUUUAGUUCUUUAUACCUAACUGAAAAAACAUAUCAUCAUCAUUAUAGAGGAGGAAGCCUUUGUAAAGUAAGUUGUCUGAGACUGGUUUUUCAUUCCAAAGAAAGCCAAUAUGUUUUUUUCCUUCCCUCCUAAAAUAUGAUUUGUUUAAACUUUUAAGGGAGUUAUUUAGUACUUGUACCUGUUUAAAUACACAUGAUAACAUCCCCAGAUUAUGUUUAAGGAAAAUGAUUUGUGAUUCAAUUUACAUUCCAAAGAGUAGCUAGUGUGCUCUCCCCCUGAGCCUGACACCCCCCGUCCCCCCCCAGUGAGAUUUGCUUUCAUUUAAAGGAAACUUUUGGGACAGAUACCAAUCUCAGUGCAUUCAUGAUGGGUUCCCAGCUUUCCCAUAAAGCUCACAUUUGGACUUGGUGUGGUGGACAGCUCCAGGGAACCUUGGUCAUGCUCUUGUCCUGCACUGGUAUGAAGCCCAGAAUGCCGGGCAGGUGCUGUCAAGGUGCAGAUUUAUGGAUGCGUGUUUGUCAAGGCAGGCAGCUCCACAAGGACCAGGUGGAUGUCAUAGACAUGCCCUUGCCACCAUCCGUGACUAGCCCAGGCUUUACUGGAAGCUGAGAAACCUCUGUGUAUCAGGUGGUGUGUUUAUGACUCUGGGUGUGUUAACCACAGCAGUGGGCCUUGCAGCUCCUCAUCGCAGACUUGGAGCAUCAGCUUUUCUGUCUGACAGAUAAGCUCACUGUGGUUUUGCCUGUCAAGGGGAGAACCACCUGCACUGUUUGUGAAAGGUGCACAGUUGAGGGGAAAAGACGAAGCCCAGGAUUUGCUGUUGUUUUUAUCUUUUAUUAUGGCAAGAUAAUAAAUGCAAUUUUAGUGGGCUUGAGUGGCUGCUGAUGUCUCCUGACCUUGAAGUUGUCACCAAAUCAAAAAGACACACAUCCAGUAACACCCUCUAAGCUGCAGACCUAUUUUUGUCUGUUUAAUGUUAUUUGGUCCAGGAAAUUAGGUUAUAUUAGGUUUUUGUAUACUAAGUAUCAGUUAUGGCAUCCGUAAAGAUUUUUAAUUUUGUAUUAUAUCUAAUCCAUUUCCUCCUCAUUGUGUCACUUAAAGUGACAUUAAAGAAGGGGUUCUGUCCUACAGUGUGUUUCCCAUCCAUCUGCAGGUUCACGUAAACAGCAACAUAGCAAUAUUUAGUGAAGCCAACCUGGGACUCAUUUCUGAGCUCUUGAGGAGAAACUUGGAUAAAAGUAAAAAUCAAGUGUUGAAAAAACAAGGGAUUUAACAUUUUAGUUAAUUGAACAUAUCAAAACAGAGUACUAUAAUCUAUUUUCUUAUAACCAAACCCAUUCAUUCUGGUUUGUCCUGUGCUGUAGCGAGAGAGCACAGCUCUCAGGAAGGUUCUUGUGCAUACUUUGUAUCGGGUUUCCAGUGAAAGUUUCUGCUCCUUUUUAUCCUCAAAUGUGCAGGUCUGAAUAUAUAGGAGUUCUCUUUGGUCACCUUAUUUUAAUUUGUACACCCUGUUCAUUUUCUUUUGUCCUUCGUAAAAAACGAGUAGUCUCCUUUUAGGUAAUGGUGAAAUUUUGAGUGUACUUAUUUUAGAAUAUCCUAGCCAUAACUGCCUAAAUAAAAGUUAUCUAUUAAUCCAGAACACUAGAAGAGACUUUAGAAACAUCUCUCACAAGCUUUUUAAGAGAGCAGAACAGGGAUCUGAAUAUUUGUGGUGUGGAAUUCCCAUUCCGAUCUUACUAUAUGACUGAAAGAGUCUCGUCUCUGAACUGUUUUCUUCAGCAAUUCCCUAAUAUGAAAUAUGGACAGAAGAUAUUUUUACUUGUAUCACUGAUGUGGUAACAUCUAGAUGCUGCCACUGACCUGAGUAGUACAGGUUGAAUUUGAACAUCCCUAAUCUGAAGAUUCAAAAUUUGAAAGUCUCCAAAAUCUGAAACUUUUUGAGCACCAAAAUGACGCUCCGAGAUCAUGCUUAAGAAGAAUGCUCAUUGGAACAUUUUGGAUGUGGGACUUCAGAUUUUCAGAUUGUGGAUGCUUAACAAGUAAGUAUAUAUAUAUAAUACAAAUAUUCUGAAAUCCAAAGAAAAAUACAAAACCCCAAACACUUCUGGUCCCAAGCAUCCUGAAUAAGAGAUACUCAGCCUGUAUUCGAAAUAGUCAUUUAAAUAAAAAUUCUUCCAGUAUAUAGUUGUCCAGGCCUUCCUCUUGCAGAUCAGGUUCAUAAAAAUACAGUAUGUGAUGACUCAAAGAAAUUUCCAUAACAUAAAAUAUAAAGGCAGCAACCAGAGCAGCCAGAACACUGUAAUACUCUAAUUGACUACUGUGGAGAACAGUUAACCCAGUUAUUCUUUCAGUAAGAGUCAUGUAUUCUAAUGGAGGCCAGGUUGUUCUUGAAGUGUCCAGUGGGAAGCAGAAGCUUGGAUCCAAGCACUUGCUCAGAUUGGUGGCUGAUGAGGCAGUUCUCCUUUUUGCAAUCUUUAUUAUUUUUGUUAACUAUCGUAACCAGAUAGCUGUUAUGUUUUCAAAUAUAAAACUGAAUAAGAACAAGACUGAAAUUGUAAAUACUUUGUAAACAUGAUCAUUUGUACUUGAAUAGUAGGAUUUUAAAGGGCACUGAUAUCCUACCAAACAAUAGGUAUAA